AUGCGAGCUCUAAGAUGGCUGAUCAUCGUGCUCAGUGCUCAAAGUGCACGGAGUGAUGUCCUUCCGCAAGAUGCGCUCUGUGUUACCGCCGUUUACUCGGCGUAUAAUUACAUCUCUUUCGCCGGGGUCCCGGCAAAAGGCAUGUGGGAUACGCGAUGUCAAAACCCGCUCAAGGUCACGUCUAUAUACGCAGCCUCUGAGAUUUACUGCAGUGAUGGAGAGCGUACAGCCGGCCUGGCACAGCUGGCGGCCAUUUGCCGGGAGUUCGGCCAUCACGAGCUGCUUCCAAGAGAUGUUGUCGCCGAGAAUUUAACCGAGGAGGCCAUCCACAGCAUGAGAACUGUAGACUAUUUAGAGCUAUCGCGGGCGGACUAUGCGCAUACUCCGGUCCUUCUUUCCGCGUCCUAUUUCAAUCGCAUGUUCAAUACUAUCGACUCUUGGCAAUUUGAAACAUGGUCUCACCAUGCAUUCGGCUAUAUGGGGUACGCCUAUUGGGGUGGGAUAUGUUUACUUGGAAUCUUGUGCCGCCUAUGCGAGUGGAUGUUCUAUAGACGACAGCAUCAAUUUGGACCCAGUCCAGAGUCCAACAUCCCUCCCUCAACUGACAUUUGGUAUGGAUUGCCGUUAGUGAGAGACGCCUGCCGUUGGAUGCAAACGUAUCUGAUUACCCCAGCUCCAAUUGUUGGUCAGGGGAGAUAUUUACUCGGUUUUACAUUCUCAUCACGGGUGGAGGCGCUCGCGGUAUUGGGCUUUUGGUUUCUCGGCAUCAUUUUUACAGUGGUGGGCUACCGAACCUUCCCAGGAAAUAUCUAUUGGCCUGACGUCAAGAGUCAGGUUUUACGCUAUUCAGCAGAUCGAACUGGCAUUAUGUCGUUUGCCAAUCUCCCUUUGCUGUGGCUCUUUUCUGGGCGCAACAACGUAUUGAUCUGGGCCACCGGAUGGAGUUUCCCGACGUUCACUAUUUUCCAUCGCCAUGUAGCCCGAAUAGCUACCCUGCAGGCCGUGGCCCUCUUUGCUAUAACUCUAGUGAUUGUCACGUCUUUGGAUCGGAUCCGUGUCGUAUCCUACGAGAUAUUCUUGGUUGCACACAUUCUGUUUUCUGUUAUCACGCUUGUGGGAUGCUUUUACACUUUGCACCGACUGACACCCAGGAGCCAUACGAUUGUAUUCGAAGGGCAUGAGUACUGGCAGUAUCUGUGGCCUUCGAUCCUAGUAUGGGCGCUUGACCGUUGUUUGAGGGUCAUUCGACUAUUCUAUUGCAACAUCCACGUCAAACUGUCCAGGCGCAGAUUGAUUCAUACUACAGAGACCCGCAUGGCAUAUGACGAAGCAGCUGAUGUCAUUCGAUUAGAAGUGACUCCUGGGAUGCAACUAUUACAGCCCACGCCAGGCAGCUACUAUUUCCUAUAUCAACCAUUCCGCUUCUUUGGCUGGGAAAACCAUCCCUUCACUGUUGGGGCUUGGACUUACGAAGUAGGGUCACGAGAGACCCUGUUACAAGUACCUGGCAAGCCCGAUGAGUCCUUGGAUGUUUCCCAGCUGCCGCUUCUGUCCGAGACCGUUCCCGAACAUGAAAGGUUGAAUGAUACAGAACCGUCAUCAGAAGGCACGGAGUCAAUGAUCCUGAAGCUGAUCUUCUGGGUUCGUCCUUAUCAUGGUUGGACCCAGCAAUUGCGCCGGCAAUGUCUGCGCGCGUCUAACCAGCCUGUCCAUACCACUCUUCUUCUCGAAGGGCCGUACGGGUACAGCUUCCCGAUGUGGAGAUACGAGUCAGUGUUGAUGAUCAUGGGAGGCACUGGGAUUGCUUCGGCCAUACCAUAUCUCCAGGACCACAUUCGGAGGUGUGCCAAUGGUAUGGAUGGAAUCUCGGAGGAGACAUCACAAACCCGGGAUAUCGAGUUGGUUUGGACCGCGAGACAGUCAGCCUUUCUUUGUGACAUUGCCCAUCGAGAACUGAGACCGUUGCUUAGCCGCGAAGACUUCCAUGCCUCUUUCUAUACCACACGGCCCUCAGAGAGAUCUUGUGCAGAUUUGGAUGAUCUCGGAUAUAGUGUCCAGAUGGGCCGACCGCAUCUGCAAUCUCUCAUUACGAGCCGGGCUUGCGACGCAUCAAUGGCAGGAAUCAAGCUUGCCAUCCUGGUUUGUGGUCCAUCUGGGAUGGCCGACGAGGCGCGUGCAGCAACCCACCGUGCGAUGCGACAAGGCUACCAGUCGAUCAAAUAUGUGGAGGAGUCCUUCACCUGGUGA